CAAGAUAGCUACAGCUCUCGAGGUGCCAAGCACUCUUCACCGAGAUAUGGCAACCUUCGGCCCUUCCAUACCAUUCCACGGUAACGCCCGUGAGCCUGACACCCGGAGGUAUACUACCACCGUGACAGCUCGGCACAUCGCCUAAGAAUCUCGUGCGUCGCACCGUACCUGGAAAGAUCAGCUUCGGAUACAGCCCGGAGGUUGUGCUCGCGGGCAGGAGCCAAUCAUGUCUCUUCUAGCAUGUUGUCGUGUACUUUGUGCGAAGUAUGCCCCUCGAGCUCCAUGCGCGGGCGCACGUGUCGCCUCGUCGCAUUGAAGUUAACCUGUUGGGUUGCCGCACCAACAGUCCCGAUGCCCCAGCCCUGCGGCUUUUACUAUGAGGCAAGAAACGAGACGUGCCUAGGGUGGCUGAACUGUUGACAUUGAGAAUAUUGUAUAUAAUACGAGAAGGGUACUAUCUUCUACUACACCGACAGCGGCGUCCCACUUGGAGCGCCGGAAUACACCACCGUCGUCCUCGUCCACGGGGCGACUAUCAACGGUGGGAUCUUCGAGCGCAUGCUUCCGUACGCACCAAAGUACGGUCUGCGACUGAUCGCCAUGAACAUGCGCGACUACGCCGGCUCGACCCCAUACACGUCCGACGAGCUUGCCGCUUUCGCGAGCAGCGACAUCGAAGUGCAGAUAUCAGCAGUGCGCAGCCUCGGAUGCGAGCUCGCCGCGUUCCUUGUCUACGUCUGCCAGACGCUCGGCAUCCCUGCGCGGACGGUGCGCGACGGGAAAGCGUAUGGCGGCCUCGCCUUCCUGACCUGGUCGAUGAGCACCAUGGGAUUACUAUCUAUCUUCGGGGACUCCAUGACCCUGGACGAAGCGCAGAAGGCGGUACUGCAGCCGUACCUCCGCACGGCGUUUGCCUACGACCCACCAGCCCUUCUGUAUGGCGUGGACCCUGACGUAGGGAUGCUCACUCCCUUGAACGACCCGACCAUUCCUGACGGAGAUAAGGGCGCAGCGAUCGGCGGCUGGGUGUCGGGCUACUACACCGCCGUGCCCGACAUCGCGCAUAUCACCCCGGAGAACCUGCGCGCCCGCAGGGAAGAGCGGCCCCCAGCGCUGCACAUGAUGGCGCCGGAUGAGUACGAGCGCAUUGUCGAGCCGGACAACCUUCUCCGCUCGUGCGCCGCGAUGCUACAAGUACCACAAUCUGUCCGCACGAGCCAUUUUCGCCGGACGUUUCUGGAAGCAGACACCGUGCUCCCGGACGUAAAAGUUGUUGCACUGUGGUGCGACCGCUCGGUCUGGAUGUUGGUAUGGUCGGCGAAGGUCCUGCAUGAGCUUCUGCAGGAACAGUCUGGCCUCGGACAGCGAAAGCGAAAUGCGUCUCUCAUCAAGAUUGGGAAUGCGAAUCAUGUUUACCAGUGGGAUGAUCCCGAACGUAUGGUUCAAAUUUUGCGUGAAAACAUCUGAGUGAAUUCAGCAUUCGCUGGAGGCUACCAUCUAGGAUAGCUACCUACCGUGUAGAGAUGACCUCGAGUCCCCUGCUCGUAUAAG